AUGCCUAAUGCUGUCAUCCAGGCGGCAGAAGAGCUUCUGGGUAAUGUGUCUCGAGCUCAAGGCCAUAAGCUGGAACCCUUGAGACUAGACCUGCAGGCGCAUGUUAAACCAGCCACUGUGACGGUGCAGAUGGGCGAGGAUGAAGAGGUGCUGCAGUUCUUUGCAGCUGCCAGCGAUUUACUCGACGGAGACACACUCAGACAGGAAUGUAUAUUGGAGCGGACGCUGCAGCUGGGUAACGGUACUGACAUGCCUCUGAGCAUCAGGCUGCUUGUGCAGCCACCAUUCUCCGUGAUGCUGCCCAGCCAAGACAACGCCCACACGGCCAGUUCCAGCCCCCGGUUCCACCCACACAGACCGCCGGGCUCAGCCGAGAGGCCCGCAACACUGCUGCUGCAGCCCAAACGCAACAUGAGGGUAAAGGUGGCCUUCCAUCUUUCAGCAUCCAUCCUGACCUAUCAGAACCGGCCUCUGGAGGAAGUCCCACCCUCUGUGACCCUGCUGUGCAGCGAGGAACGAGGAGGAGGAAGGAUGUGCUUUGAGCAGAGCCUGACCAUCCAGUACAGCAACAACACAGCGCAGACUGUACCCAUGGCCGCUUACCUGGGGCUACCCAUGCUGCACCUGUCCUGUGGCAGCGUAGACUUUGGCACCUGCUAUGUGGGUCAGACCAGAGUCAGAGAAGUGUACCUCUCUAACCGAGGCUCCUCCGGCAGUGCCUGGACAGCACUGAUUGGUACAGGGACACAAAUACAGCACCACCGUGCCGCUCCUUAA